GAGAGAGAGGGAAGCAUCACUUGACAAUCUUCAAGGUUGUGAGGAUAAUGGUGAUGCUUCCGUGUUCCACAUUGGAUUGAGGAGUUCCAUUUCGUUGAAACAUUCUAUAGCUAAGAAGGCUAUGUCUGUUCUUCAAUACAAAGAUAAUAUGGAGAAAGAUGAACUACAUAAAUACAACAUAAACGGACAACUUUUCCAGACAAGCUCUGUGGAAGCAGUAAAUGUUUCUUCAGCUGGCCUUUCAAGAGCUACUGCUUUGCUGGGUUUGGAGAGAAACGACCUUGCUAGCGCACAAAGUUUUGGUCAUUCUGAGGAUCAGUUAGGUAACCUAGUAUUAGGAGAUGCAUGCCAAAUCCCUCAAGGGUCUGAGGUGCCUACAUUUGAUGCCAAAUCUCUCGAGGGUCUGAGGGCUCGGCCUCCUAUCAUGUUCCAAACCGCCAGGGGAAGAUCUGUAUCUAUUUCUAGCGAUGCAUUACAGCGUGCAAGGAGCCUUCUUGGGGACUCAGAUUUGGGUGUCUUGCAGAAUGACAUAAAAGCAAGUCACCCAUUAACAUUUGAUCCUAAAGAUGAGAAAUCAUUUGAUGGGAUCUCUCGCAACAAAGAAAACAUUACUUUCGAUCCUUUCCAGGACAGCCCUGCAAGCAAAAAUGUGUUGACAAAUUUAUCAUAUUUUCUGCCAGUACAUGAUGCAGACCAACUGAAUGCCAAUGGAACUCUUCUGAAGAGUAGAAACUGGCCAAGUUGCAAAACUAUUCCUAUGCUGAAUCCUCAGCACAAGGGCUUAUAUACAAAUAAUGUAAUUAGCACUGUGAAGAUGACUCAACAAAGCCGGAUACCAAGUGGACCCCUAGUUGAAAUAUCUAAUCUCAUAGGUGUGGAUAAUGGAAAUAUGGAUCGGUUUACUACUGAAAAGAGAAGGCUUGGAAGAAGAAACUCUAUCUCUCCAUUUAAAAGACCACGCACUUCUAGGUUCAUGACUCCUUUAAACAGCAGCUCAUCUUUCUUCUCCACUGGUUCUUCUGAACUAUCUACAAUACAUGAGGGCUGCCGCCAAACAAGAUUGUCUACUCGCUAUCCAUUUCAUCAGAAUAGGAAAAAUAUGAAAGAAUUUUUUGGUGGGCCACCUCACAAUAACCCGAUGUGUGACAUACCAGAUGAAGUUAAACGUAUAAAUGCUGAUAAUGCAGCAAAGUUUGAAUUUCAUGGUGCUUCUAGUUGUGCUGGGAUCGGGUCAGAAGCAUUUCAGCAUAUGCUUCUUCAAUCUGGUGGUUCAUUAUCGAGCGCAACUAAAGAGUUGAGUGGAAUCAUUCUUUUAUUUUUUUUAAUUUUAGUUUGA